AUGGGCUUGCUCACACUCCUGCGGAAGCUCAAGCGCACGGACAACGAGGCGCGCAUCCUCGUGCUCGGCCUCGACAACAGCGGGAAGACGACGAUCCUCAAGAAGCUGAGCGAGGAGGACAUCUCCCACAUCAUGCCCACGCAGGGCUUCAACAUCAAAUCCCUCAUGCAGGACGGCUUCAAACUCAACGUGUGGGACAUCGGAGGCCAGAAGUCGAUCCGCCCCUACUGGCGCAACUAUUUCGACCAAACCGACGCGCUCGUCUACGUCAUCGACUCGGCGGACUCGAGGCGCAUGGAGGAGACGGCGACGGAGCUCGGCCAGCUCGCGCGUCCCGCCGCGUCCUUCGGUCGGGCGCGCGCGGCGGCCGCCGCUUCCGCGCGCGCCGCGCGCCGCGGUCCUCGGGGUCCGGUCGACGAGGCGAAGCUGUCGGAGAUCCCCGUGCUCUGCUUCGCGAACAAGUGCGAUCUGAUGAACGCCAUGGAGGAGGAGGAGAUCGAGGAGAACGUGAACCCGGUGCUCAAGGGCCGCAACUUCAAGAUCCAAAAGUGCUCCGCGAAGACGGGCGUCGGCCUCCAGGACGGCAUGGAGUGGCUCGUCGACCAGCUCAACAACGGCGCCGACUGA